UCCACCCAUUCUUCCAUCUCUCCUCUCUAGACUCACGCAUCCCAAUUUUUGCAUAGCUCCUCCGGCACAAUGACCAACGAUUCCCCGGAGGAGGAGAGCCGAGGACGGAGGGUACCUCGGCCGAGCCGAGCAGACGACAAUGUCACCAUCCUGACAUCAUCAAUGGAUGUUUACCGAAACCGGAGCCGGGCCAGCAGCAGCAACGACGCUGGCGCCAGCUUCACAUCGUCCGCGGACCUAAGCACCUCCUCCCUGGAACUGAGCAUUCAGACUCGGAUCUUUAAGAUAAUCGUUAUUGGGGACUCCAACGUGGGGAAGACGUGUCUCACCUUCCGCUUCACUGGCGGAAGCUUUCCCGAUCAGACCGAAGCCACCAUUGGCGUGGAUUUCAGUGAGAAGGCGGUGGAAAUCGAAGGAGAAACGAUCAAGGUGCAGGUAUGGGACACAGCUGGCCAGGAGCGAUUUCGUAAAUCCAUGGUCGAGCACUACUACCGCAAUGUCCAUGCAGUCGUCUUUGUUUAUGAUGUCACCAAAAUGGCUUCUUUCCGCAACCUGCAAACGUGGAUUGAGGAAUGUAACGGUCAUCGGGUUUCAGCAUCAGUACCUCGAGUCCUUGUAGGGAACAAGUGUGACCUCGUGGACCAAGUACAGGUACCAUCCAACACAGCACUGAAGUUUGCAGAUUCUCACAACAUGCUGCUGUUCGAAACGUCUGCAAAAGAUCCGAGAGAGAGUCAGAAUGUGGACUCGAUCUUUAUGUCACUGGCCUGUCGACUGAAAGCUCAAAAGUCUUUACUCUACAGAGACGUGGAGCGGGAGGACGGGAGAGUGCGACUCACUCAAGAGACUGAAACAAAAAGUAAUUGUCUUUGUUGAAGAAAAAUGCAAUUAGUGGAAAUACUGGAAUGGAAUUGUGUACAUCGGAAUAACGGUGCAUGUCAAGGAGGGGGAGGACAAUGAUGAUGGGGACAAAAAUAAAAGAGUCUUCAUGGACUUUUACUGGUUUAGGAGCAAAAUGAUGCUUAUGAUUGACAUGCAAACAUGUCUUGUAGAAGUGGAGGGGCGGCAACUUUUGCUUUGGACUUUAGCACAAGAAAAGACAAAUAUAGUCUGGUGAUGGAUUGAAGGAAAGAUGAAUACGAACGUUACAUACGUAUAGUUCAGAGUUCUGAAAUGACUGCUUUGUUUUACUUUGAUGAGCUGUGUAUAGUGUUUCCUCAAAUAGUGGCCUCUGCUUGAAUAGGCGCCUAAAAACGAAUAUUUCAACACUGAUCCAAAACUAAUGAGGGAUUUGAAUAACAAAAAUAAGCAAAAAACGUGAUGUCUCCUGUCAUGUAAAAACACCUUUCACGAGAGAGUUGGACAGAAAGCUUUUGGAGUCUUUUCAUUUUAUAUGAGACACUAAUAUGCAUUAUACAUAAAAUGCAAUACCAAUUAAGUUAGGACAUUGUAUAAACUAUACAGAGAAACAGAUUACAAUCAUUUGAAAAUACUUUUCGAUUUAUUGUACUUUCAAAUGAAUACAUCACAAAUACUAAACUGAUAAACUUCACAUCGAAGACUGAGCAAAAUGACAGAGUGAAAAGGCAUUUACAGAACCAGUAUACACGUUUUUAAACACCGUCAGUGUUAUUUACUAAGUGUAUUCAAUAUUAUUUCAACCUGGCAGAAAAUGUACUUCUGAUGUUCUUCAUAUAGCCCUUGCCUUCAUAAUGCAUCUCUGAGUUUGAUGAUCCAGUUGGCCAUUGGGCGCUUACUGUACAGGGGUUUCAGAUCAGGGUAUAUAAUCAUAAUUAUUAUAUAAGUUGUAUCUUCAAAAACUAUGACUUGUGUAAAAUCACUGUGAAAACAUCAAUGCAGAGGGAACAUAACAUAGUUUGGAAAUAGCAAAUGUGGAUAAUGCUUAAAAAUGUGUUGGUUUUUGACCAAAUGGUUAAUGUACUCUCCUGUUUGACACGCUGUAUAUGUACUGUAUCUUUUUAGUGCUUUCCUUUUGUACAGUGGCUUAUCCCGCUUUGCCUUCAUAUACAAAUGCAAGAAGAGCUAAAUGACUUGUGACUUCUCAUCAGACACAAUAAUUUCUAUAGUGUUCAUCAUUUUGCUUGUUGAAGUAUUCUUUACAUUUGUAUUAAUACCCCCGUUUACCUACAAAACGGCUUAUAACCUGUCGACACAAGGCUACAGCAGUGAUGAUCACUCUUUACGGUCCACAGACAUGCAAUAUGCUUGACAUUGAGAUAGCUGCCAGAGUAAGUUAUGGGUCAAGGGACACAGCACUGUGGUUUAUAUGGAGAUAAUUCACAUGAAUGAUCAUUUGAGUAAACCCUCCAAUACGUAGGUCUUAGUGAUUUAUUAUUCCCUGAGUAAACCACUGGGUCGCUUGCACAGCUUCAUCUUUGUUGUUCUUCAGUUUUAAUGUACUCACAGAUGAUUAAGAAGUUGCGCAUUGUAAAGCAAAUCCUAUUUCAGCAGGUUAGCACCACUCACAGUGCAUAAAUGAGCUGGAAAAAAUAUAUAUGAGAAAAGAUUAUUGAAUGAAUACCUCCUGUGAAUAUUAAUUUAAUGAUCUGGAUGAAUGACAAUAUAUCAUCAUACUGUAUAUUAGUUUCCAACCGGGAAAAAUUGUCCUUUCUGUAUUUUGUUUGUUCUGCUAUUCAUUUUUUAGUUAUGUUAAAUUGUUUUCAUAUUCAUGUUGGUGUAUUUAGUUUAUGUUUCACUUCAUUCUUUCUACCUUACGUUUCUCAUAUCUGCUUGUUCCCCUUUCUACUCCCAAAUAUGGUUUGUGGCUCUCACAUUGUCAGGUGUGUCCAUUAAUGGAUUGUGAAAAGUAACAUUUAUAAGUAAGCUACAGGUAGUAUGAGAGCAACAGAAAAAAUAUGAGCGAAAUCACUAUAAACAAAAUUAGCAAAAUGCUAUGUUAAAAAAAAAAAAAAAAAAAAAAGAAAAAGCAGUUUUUCAGGAACAGUCAUUCACAGGAGUU